AUGAACGGUAUUUUUGCUAUUGAAAAGCCAAGUGGGAUAACUUCCAAUCAGUUUAUGUUGAAGUUACAACAUGCUUUAACUAAUAGUCAAGUAUUUUCUAAUGAAAUCAAAAGAGCUACAGCUGAAAGAAUGCAACAGUAUCAGCAACAGACUGGUAAAAAGGCAAGUAAAAGGAAACUUCGUAAAGUUUCAAAAGUUAAGAUGGGCCAUGGUGGUACUUUGGAUCCAUUGGCAUCAGGAGUCUUAGUUAUUGGUAUUGGUUCAGGAACUAAACAAUUGUCGAACUAUUUAUCUGGGACAGUGAAAGUAUAUGAAAGUGAAGCCUUAUUUGGUGUCUCUACUACAUCUGGUGAUGUUGAAGGUGAUAUACUAUCAAGAAAUUCAACCAAACAUUUGACAAUGGAUGAAUUGAAAACUAUUCCUGACAAAUUUAAAGGUUCAUUGAAGCAGACUCCUCCAAUUUAUGCCGCUCUCAAAAUGGAUGGUAAACCAUUGCAUGAAUAUGCGAGAGAAGGAAAGCCUCUACCUAGAGCUAUUGAGCCAAGACAGGUAUCUAUUUAUGACUUAGAUGUAUUUCCUGAUUCUUUGAAUACAAGCCAUAACUACCCUUUAUUAAGGCCAACUACAGAAGAAGCUAUUGAAACUGUUAAAAACCUGAAUGCUAAUUUAUUAAAUGACACCUUAUAUUUCUCUAAGGAAUAUUGUGAAAAGAACAAAUAUGAAAGUGAAGAAGCAAAGGUUGAGAAAUCAAUAGAUUUAUCAGAAGAAGAAGAAAAAGCUAUUUCUGAAACUGGUGAUGCUUAUCGUGCGCCAUUGUUGCAUUUUAAGGCAAAAGUAUCAUCUGGUACAUAUAUUCGUUCAUUGAUUAGUGACAUUGGUAAAGCUAUGAGAUCAUCGUGUUACAUGGUAAAAUUGAUACGUUUACAACAGCAAGAUUGGUCACUGGAGAAAUAUAAUGUCUUUCAGCUAAAUGAUUUUACAGAAAGGAAGGAAGAAGUUUGGCGUAAGGUAUUACAGUUGGUACUUGAAAAGGGAGCAGAUGUUAAUGUCACAGAGGAAUUAGCCAGAGCAGAAAAGGAAUACCAAGCGACAAAUGAAAAUUUGGCUGAAACUAAUAAUACUGAAGAUCUAUUGCCUCAGGCUGAAGAAUCAUCGUCUCAAGCUAAAAAAUCUGAUUCACAUAAUACAGACACUACACCACAAGAAACAAAAGGUAUUAAAAGAACUGCUGAUGAACUUUAA